AUGCCAAUGCCAAUCUCCCGUCGGUAUAUAGACAUCGCUGUUAAUCUCACAGAUGGAAUGUUCAAGGGAGUGUACCACGGUGGCAGCCAAAAGCAUAAACCAGAUUAUGCAGCUGUGGUGAGUAGAGCCUUCCAGGGUGGUUGCAAGAAGUUGUUGCUAUGUGGUGGCAGCUUGAAUGACUCGAUACAAGCUGUUGAACUGUGCAAGGAACUUGAUCCUGACGGAGGCAAAUUAUUCUGCACAGUUGGGGUUCAUCCCACGAGAGUUGGAGAGUUUGAAAAUGAGGGCACCUCGGCCGAAGCACAUUUUGGAGCACUUCGGAAGCUAAUAGCCGCCAACCUGGACCGAGUCGCUGCUAUUGGAGAGAUGGGACUGGACAAGGAGAGGACUGAGUUUUGUGACUAUGGGACGCAGUUGAAGUAUUUCGAGCUACAAUUGCGGCUAGUUGAGGAGUUUCAGUUGCCAAUGUUCCUACAUAUGAGAGCAGCUGGAGAGGACUUCUAUCGAAUACUGAAUGAGAACAAGAGCAAGUGGUGCGGCUCUGGCGGAGUGGCUCAUAGUUUUACGGGGACACGUGAGGAGAUGGAACUGAUAACUUCGCUUGGAUUGGGCAUCGGUCUCAAUGGCUGUAGUUUAAGGGCAGCGGAGAGCUUGCAAGCUGUGGUUCCCUUCAUACCAAUCGAUAAGCUUAUGUUCGAAACUGAUGCUCCGUAUUGUGACAUUCGACAGUCACAUGCUGGUUAUAAGUAUUUGAAUAGUAAGGGUGACUGGUGGUACCAUGGUGACACUGUGAAGAAGCCUGAGAAGUGGGAGGACGGAAAAAUGGUGAAGAGCCGUAACGAGCCAUGCUUGGUUGGGCAGGUUGCUGCAAUUGUGGCCUCGGUCCAUCCAGCUGGUGAUGGAGUUGUUGAAGCUGCUCACAACAAUACUCUACGUGUGUUUACCAAAAUGCAAAACUGA